AUGGUCGAAGACGUUUCAAAGGCGUAUACCGGUUCAGCUGCAAUUCUCAGCUACUUGCGGCCAAUCCUUCUUCGAGAGCUUUACUCACCUAAGAGACCCUACGACCGUCUUGCAGUCUUCCGCACUAAGACCUGGACCCCAGAGACUGCUAAUGACUUUUGGAUUGAGAUUUUCGAACACUUAGACUCCAAUAACGAUCGCAAAGGAGCUGACAAAACCUCUUUCGAAGAUGAGGUUGGCUUGACAAUUCUCCCAGGGGAUACCUUUACCUUCCUCGAACUACUCGAUCACUGGAACAGACAAGGGUGGAACUUUGAAGAAGUUAGUUUAGGGGCGGCAAUUCUGGAGUGGGCGGUCUAUAAGUAUUUAGUAUGA